AUGUUUUGUACUCGGAAUCAACAACUUGAGCGUGGUGCGGGCGCAGAACUUGCAGGUGAGUGUGGACAGCAAGAUGUACGCGAUACGGGAGCGCUGAUAGUACUGCAGGACCUCAUCUACAAGCGCGGCCAAGCGGGUGUCACCAAAGCGAGCGUUACCAUCGUGUUCGAUAACCGCGACAAAUCGAAGAGCCCCGUCGGCUUUGAGGAACAUGCACAGAUUUCGGUGACAAGGCAGAUCGUGCUCGGAGGAGCGAGCAAGUAUCUCAUCAACGGACACCGCGCGCAACAACAAAGCAUACAGAACCUAUUCCAGUCUGUACAACUGAACAUCAACAACCCGAAUUUCAUGAUCGCACAAGGAAAGGUCAUGCAGGUGCUGAACAUGAAGGCCAAGGAGAUUUUGGCUAUGCUGGAAGAGGCUGCUGGAACACGCAUGUUUGAGGACAGGCGGGACAAGGCAUACAAGACCAUGGCUAAGAAGGAAAUGAAGGUGCAGGAGAUUACGGAGCUACUGCGAGACGAAAUCGACCCGAAGCUCGAGAAACUGCGGAUGGAAAAGCGUGCCUUUCUGGACUUCCAACAGACACAGAGCGAGCUCGAGCGCCUUACGAAGCUAGUCGUCGCAUACGACUACAUACGAUACAACGAGCGAUUACAACAGUCUGCCGAAGACCUCGAAGCCAAGAAGCAAAGGGCGAAAGACCUCGACGCGUCUGCUGUGCGCAUGAAGAAGGAGAUUGAGAACCUCCAGGAGGACAUCAAACAGACAAAGGCAACACGAGAGAAGGAGCUGCGCAAGGGCGGGAAGUUCCAGGCUCUGGAAGAGGAAGUCAAGACGCAUUCGCACGAGAUUGUCCGCCUGACGACAGUGCUAGACCUGAAAACGACGAGCAUGGCCGAGGAGGUAGAACGGAAGGAGGGCGUCGAGAAGAGUGUCAAAGAAUUGGAGAAGCUACUCCAGGAGAAAAAGCAGACGUACGAGAAGUUGCAAGAGAAGUACCAGACAGCCCACGCGGAGCUGGCGAAACAGACAGAGGAGGUAGAGAAGAAAGAAGAACUUCUGCAAACUCUACAAACAGGUGUGGCUUCCAAAGAAGGCCAGGAAGGCGGUUACCAGGGCCAAUUGCAAGACGCCCGGAAUCGCGCAAGCGCAGCCGCGACCGAGCAAGAGCAGAGUAAACUUCGGAUAUCACAUCUUGAGAAGCAGAUCAAGGAAGACGAGCCGAAGGCGAAAAAGGCGAAAGAACAGAAUUCAGGGCUCCUCAAAGACCUCGAGGCGUUGAAAUCCCAAGCUCAGAAGCUAGAAGCGGAUCUUGCGAAGCUUGGCUACAGCGAAGGCCAGGAGGCCGACAUGUAUCAGCAAGAGUCGCAUCUUCAGGCGCGCAUACGCGAACUCCGACAACAGGCAGACGGCAUGAGGCGGCAGGUUGCGAACAUCGACUUCAGUUACAACGACCCAUCCCCGAACUUCGAUCGGUUUAAAGUGAAAGGUCUUGUCGCUCAGCUCUUCACCCUAGAAAAGGAGCAUACCCGAGCAGGUACUGCUCUGGAAAUCUGCGCUGGUGGCAGAUUGUACAACGUUGUCGUCGACUCAGCUGCUACCGGCAAGCAACUUCUCGAGAACGGCAAGCUGAAGAAGCGAGUGACAAUCAUUCCACUCAACAAGAUUGCAGCUUUCAAGGCGUCGGCAGAGAAGAUUGGGGCUGCUCAGAGGAUCGCGCCUGGGAAAGUCGACUUGGCCUUGUCGUUGAUCGGAUACGAGCACGAGGUCAACGCCGCCAUGGAGUACGUCUUUGGGUCCACACUCGUCUGUGAGGAUGCCGAGACCGCUAAGCGCGUGACCUUCGAUCCAGCAGUGCGCAUGAAGAGUGUCACUUUACAAGGCGACACAUACGACCCUGCUGGUGUUCUGUCUGGUGGCAGCGCACCUCAGUCUAGCGGGGUUCUCAUUACCCUCCAAAAGCUCAAUGAGAUUACAACAGAACUGAGUUCGCAAGAAGCCCAGCUUCAGUCGCUACAGGCCACCAUGACCAAAGAGAAAAAGAAGUUGGAUGCUGCUCGUAAAUCAAAACAGGAGCUCGACCUCAAGAGGCACGAGAUCAAGCUCACUGAGGAGCAGAUUGGUAGCAACUCUUCCUCAUCUAUCAUCCAAGCCGUAGAAGAGAUGAAGCAGACCAUUGCUCAGCUCAAGGAAGACAUAAAAGCGGCAAAGACUCGCCAAGACGAGGCCAACAAGGACGUCAAACGUAUCGAACGCGACAUGAGCGAGUUCAGCAACAACAAGGACAGCAAGCUUGCUGAACUACAGUCAUCGCUAGACAAGCUCAAGAAGGCUUUGAACAAGAACAGCGCUUCGAUCAAGCCCCUGCAGACCGAGAUGCGCGAAGCUAUGGUCGAGUCCGAGCAAUGCGGGAGUGACCUGGCGGCAGCACAAGAGCAACUUGAAGAGGUUCAGACCAAUCUGCAGUCGCAGCAAGCAGAAGUGGACGAGUUGCUAGCUGAGCAAUCUCGUGUACAGGACGCACACGACUUAGCUGCAGCCCACUUGAGAGACGAACAAGCGAAACUCACUGGGUUCGACGAAGAACUUCGCUCACUUGAAGACGCGAUCAGGUCGAAGAACUCAUCCAUUACUGAAGGCGGUCUUGAACAACAGAAGCUCGGCCAUGAGAUCGAAAGGUUCCAUAAAGAACAAGAAGGCGCAGCUAGCCAUGUUAAGGCGCUCGAGAAGGAGUAUGAGUUCAUCGCGAGCGACUCCGAGCUCUUUGGACGUGCCGGCACAGUCUACGACUUCAAGGGCGUGAACAUGGCCGAUGCGAAGACCAGGCGGAAGUCGUUGGAAGAGCACUUCCAGCAGAAGAAGAACAAGAUCAACCCCAAGGUCAUGGCUAUGAUCGACAAUGUUGAGAAGAAAGAAGCCAGCCUUAAGCGGAACAUGUCGACAGUCAUCCGGGACAAAUCGAAGAUUGAAGAGACUAUCGUCAAGCUUGAUGAGUAUAAGAAAGAGGCGCUGCACAAGACCUGGACAAUUGUCAAUCGCGAUUUCGGUCAAAUCUUUAACGAGCUGCUGCCAGGCAGUUUCGCGAAACUGGAUCCUCCUGAGGGCAAGACAAUUUCGGAUGGUCUGGAAGUCAAAGUCAUGCUGGGCAAGGUGUGGAAGCAGUCACUGACAGAGCUGAGUGGUGGUCAACGAUCACUUAUCGCCUUAUCCCUCAUCAUGGCCCUCCUCCAGUUCAAACCUGCACCCAUGUACAUUCUAGAUGAAGUCGACGCCGCGCUGGACCUGUCGCACACACAAAACAUCGGCCGUUUGUUCAAGACCCGCUUUAAGGGAUCGCAAUUCAUCGUUGUCAGUUUGAAAGACGGCAUGUUCCAAAACGCAAAUCGCAUCUUCCGCACACGGUUUGUCGACGGUACUAGUGUGGUGCAAGCCUCGUCGGGAUCAUCUGGAUAG